AUGUUCGAAGACUUCUCCUUCACCUCGCCCUCGUCGCGACCCUCCCGCCUAGCCCUCGACCCAGACGACCGCCUAAUGGUCGACAGCGACAGCAACCUCAUCUCCCCACUCUCCUCUCGCUGUCCCUCGCCGCAAUCGCAACGCUUCCGCAACAUCUCCCGCUCCCGCUCUCACUUCCACCGCAACCAACCCCCAACAUCCGUCCCCUUCCCCUACGACCAUAAACGCCUCUCCAUCUCAACCCUAACUCAAAAACUACACGAACACACCCUCGCCCCUACAGACAGAGAGAGACACACACCCGGACGUCGCUACCCAGGCGUUCGAACAGUCCUCACACCCCCAGACACAGACAACUCCGACGACUCAGUCGACUACUCCUCCCCCUCCGCCUCAUCAACAACAAGCCCAACCUUCAACCCCCCAGACCUCCCAUCAGACCUACCAGAUUUCGGCCUCGGACAUCCGUUCUACCCGCAGUCGCAGCCGUACCAGCAAGACGUGCGCAUCCAACGCCAGCAGAUCUCUAGAUUGCAAUGCAAUGAGUCUGAGGUGGAGGCUAUGCAGCGCUCGCUGCUAGAUGAAUCGUCGCCUGUUUCUGCGGACUUCCGCGACGAGGAUGAUUGUCAUCCUAGCUCGCUGCCGCCGCGAUCGUCGCCGCGGAGGAGGGCUGUUACGCUUGCGCGGAGUCGGUUUGGGCCUGAGGGGGUUGGGGAGGGGAGGAGGAGGAAUAGUUCUUCUGGGGCUGUUUUGGCGAGUCGGGUUGAGAAGAAUCAUUAUGGAGGGGUUGUAGGGAAGAGGAACGAGCAGGGGCUAAGGAGGAAGAGUCUUGUUAGCGCGGCUUUGGCGUCAAUGGUUGAGAGGGAUGAUGAUUGA